AUGUGCCUCUUCACCACCACUCCCCGCCACCACCACGACUACGUCGUCCGCCCUAUAAACCGCAGUCCCCCCCGCCACGUAUCCCACUACUCCGCGCACCCACCCGCCGGCACUGUUCGCCUCCCCCGGGGCUCCACGACCUCCUACCGCGAGUACACCCGCCGCUCCUCCGCGUCCCUCGACGACCCCCACGUCGUCGAGUACCGCCGGAGCCGCAGCCGCAGUCGACCCAGGGAGAUUGCGUACUACGAUGAUGGGGCUAGGACGAGCAGGCGGAGCGUGAGUGUGGUGCGGGAGAGGGAUUUCAGGGAUAGCAGAGGGAGCUUCGGAGGGAGGGGGGAGGAGUUUGAGAGUAGGAGGAGGAGUGUUAGUUUUGACGAUUCAACGGUCGACGACGAGAGCACGUGUCGGGUUUUCGAAGACAUGAACGACCUCUUCUUUCCAGACCGAAAAUCGACAUCUUGA